CCCACCGUUCCACCGUUCCACCGUUCAUUUCACGCAGAAUUUAUUGCUUAUCUUCAGAAACCAAACAUACUGCGUCAAAAUGGGUCUGGACAGUGUGCACAACCGCAUGCAAAAUAUCAACUAUCGCCUUUGGGUCUAUCUCCUUCCGAUACCCAUUAUACUCUUCUACGGCCUGAGUCUUACUAGGUGUGUAUCCAACUCCCCAGGAAUAGGAAACAUAUUUGCAGUCAAAUUGCAGCCAAGAAAUAGCACGACCUCCAUAACUGAAUUGCGGGUCAACUACUUUGGCAUCUGCGCUUCAGUAUCAGACCACUCGAUCUGCCAAUCAAGCUCUGGCAAGACGGCUGAUAGGGUCCUCCAAUUCAUAUUCAACGGAAAUCUCAGCAGCAGUGAUGUAUCGGAUUCAAAGGAAUUAGUUUCCUUCGCUCUUACGGUUCAGUCCAAGAUAAUUCUUUACCUACUGGCUGUCGCCGGCAUUUUGCUCGUCAUCGGUCUCUUGCUAGUCCUGUUAUUGAAAAGACACUUUAAAGCGGCGCAAACGGGCAAAAUGAACGCAGAAAGUCGACGGCAAUCACUCAGACGCGCCACUCUUACAGCCAUAUGGACUUCAGUUGGACUUGCUUUAGCAUCGGCCCUGACUGUUAGCCAGGUGACUGCUGCGAUGGAGUAUAUCACCAAAGUGGAGUCAGUAUCGACAAUCCAGAUCACGGCAGGAACGGCCUUAAGUGUUUUACAGUGGUUUAUAUUCUCAUUGUCUGCUUUAUUUGCAGCGGGAAUAUCCAGCAUCUUCAAGAAGCAGGGUGGUUUUAUCGAGUUGGCUGGCUCGGCAGCCCAAGGAAUGUCAGCAGGUGUUGGUAUGAAGGCAAUGCCUCCUCUUACGGGCUUGCCUCCUCCGGUUUCGUCUCUACCUCCUCCGGUCAUGUCUUUACCUCCCCCCGUAUCACUUCCACCUCCUCCUCCACCACCCGGUCGUCCUUAGCACUACAAGCGUGAAAUGAGUAUGAUAUUUGGAUACUUAACUUGUCUCGGGAGGAGGGAGGACUUUGUGAGAUUUUCUUUUGUUCUUUGGAGGAUGUAUGUGUAUAUUAAGGGAAAAGACGCGUUGGUGCUUUAAUUUCUACCGCAUGUUUUAAUGUUUGGAAUUCUAUCACGACUUGUGUAAUAGAGGUGGAUCUGACGGGAUUCACGUAGAACGGGCGACUCUGGAAGCCUGCUAAUUAGUAGUACUAUUUGUAUUGUUAAGAGUAAGGAGGCAGGUUAGGCCUACUAAGAGAAUC